AUGCGGUUCUCCUUCGCCUCCCUGGCAACAUUUGCCGCCCUGUCUCUACCAUCCGUACACGCCAUCGACCAGAUCGUGUCCAACUCUCUCAACUCGUGCUCAGGCGCGGCCAACUUUACUGCAACACUUUUCAAUGUUGCUUAUACACCCAACAACAACUCGCUGACCGUGGAAAUUAAUGGUGUAUCCUCGCUCAGCGGCAAUGUUACUGCAAAGCUACAACUUAUCGCCUACGGCUUCACAAUUCUCGACGAAACAUUCGAUCCUUGUACCUCAGGCCUGAUGGGAUUCUGCCCUCUACAAGCAGGUCCUAUUCCCAAUAUCGAUACCAACUUCCCUGUCCCCUCCGAUCUUAAGAAGAACAUUCCUGGAGUUGCUUAUACUGUACCGGAUCUUGAUGGCGUUGUACGCAUUUUGGUCAACGACAGGGACACUGGCGCGCCCAUUGCUUGCAUGGAAGCUGACCUAUCCAACACCAAGACCGUUUACCAACCUGCCGUCGGCUGGGUCACUGCUGUUAUUGCUGGUCUUGGCUUGGUCGCCUCAGGUAUCACAUCUGGUAUGGGACACACCAAUACUGCUGCUCACGUCGCUGCCAAUGCUGUCUCUCUGUUCGGCUUUUUCCAGGCUCAGGCAGUCGUCGGUCUGACCUCUGUGCACAUGCCUCCCAUUGUGCAAUCGUGGACUCAGAACUUUGCUUGGUCCAUGGGCAUCAUCCGUGUAGGCUUCCUGCAGACCCUGGCUACCUGGUAUCAACGUGCAACAGGCGGCACGCCUACCACCUAUCUGUCGACCUUGAGCACUUAUUCAGUCCAAGUCCAGAAACGUGCUUUGGCCCUCAGAAGCCUGGACUACCUUAGCCGCCGGAGCACCGACCUCUUGCAGCCAAUGAACCAUGUCGGAACUCACGCAAUCAGAGCUCUCGGCGCGCGACAGGUCGCAGCCUCCAAUGGCACCGAUACCUCAGAUACACAGGUUGGCGCAGUGAAGAUUGUCCGUGGUAUUGAGCGUGUCGGCUUCCGUGCCAACAUUGAGCAAACCAAUAUCUUCAUGACUGGAGUCAUUUUCUUUAUCUUUAUCCUCCUGGCUGUCGCAAUCCUGGUCUCUCUUGCGAAAUUCCGCGCCGGGUGGAAGGUUGUCAUCAAGGGAAUCUUGUUCCGACUGGUCCUGCUUGGCUACGUCCAGAUGUCCAUUCUCUGCCUCUGGGAGUUCACGGAACGGGACUCACCCGCCGAGAUCGUACUUGCCCUCAUAAUCUUCGCCAGCAUGAGCGGUGCUUUGUUCUGGGCGUCUUGGAAGGUCAUCUCUCUCGCUCGCAAGUCUACGGCAAUGCACAAGAAUCCCGCCUACAUUCUCUACUCGGACCCUCAGUGCCUCAACAAGUGGGGUUUCCUCUACGUGCAGUACAAGGCUACGGCUUACUACUUCGUGGUCGCUGUCGGACUUCUUAUCAUCGAAGCUGUCGCCUUGAUCGGCAUUUGCGUGCUGAAGCCGUUCAUGGACAAGAAGACCAACAUCUUCAACAUCUGCAUUGCGGUGGUCAACUUCCUCAACGCGAUUUUCCUCCUCAUCUUCUCGGAUGCUUUUGGACAGCCGCCUAUGGUCUCUGGAGUUAUCGGCGUCUUCUUCGCGUUCUACAACAUGAUCUUCGCUUUCGUGCUUCUCAUCAUGGUGCUGGUCUCCAGCUUCUACGCCAUCACCGCGAAGAACCCUGAGACUCGAUAUCAGCCAAUGCGCGACGACCGUGGAAGUUUCAUCAAGUCUCAGCAACAACUCACGACCGAGCUCGAUGCCUUGGGUGCGACUGCUCGUGGAGAUGGCAAGGAACCAUACUCGCAGAACCGUGGUUUGGAGGAUACAGAGUCAAUCUCAACGGAUUCGCUCCAGAAGCCGCCUCAAGACCUGAACGAGAAGCACCCCUACGCUCAUGCUCGAGAACAGGCGCCGUCGCCGUAUCGGGAUGACGCUUAUCGAGGCCCAGAUGCGUAUGCCCAACGCCAAAUGCAAGGGCAGGGCUACAACAACUCUGGCGAUUUUGGCUAUGGCGCUCCAAGACCCGGCACGGCGCCCCAACAACCAUCUUUUGAUCGCAGCGCCAGCCCAGCUGGUGGCUAUCAGCCUCCCCGAUCCGCGCACGGUGGCUACCACAACCCCAACCAGUAUCGGACAAACAACAACUCAAGUCCUUGGCAGCGCGGAGCAGGCUAUGAUUAG